UUCUUCACACCUUAUUAUCUUAUCUGCAGUUCUAAAUUCAUUUGUGAUAUUUAAAAUGGGUUUGCUCUUUAAAAACCUUUUUCUGUGUGGAAAUACAAGAUUCUUUUAGACUCAUUUGUUGGGAUAUUUUUAACGGGGUCUGCUGAAAGUGAGUAGGCUGUUUUUAUUGGGUUAAGCUAUUUUACAUAUUCUCUCCCCUUCGGACGUGGUAGUGAGGUUGUUCUUGGGUUCCAACGAAAACAAUUGCAAUGUGCUUCUCUGUAUUGCAAAUUCCUCGAUGCAAAAUUCACACCUUAACUAAUUCUUGGCGGGGAAGUUUAUACAAGUUAGGUAGGGAUAGUGUCAGUAAUUCCAGCGUAGAGGUUCUUGGUUCUCACAAAUAUGAGCUUGAAGGAGGAUAUUGUCGGAAGUGGAUUAGAAGAUCUGUAAAUACGAAAACAGGAGGAAAAAAUGACACCAUGAGCAGCAAAACUAGUCUCAGACAUGAAAUGUCAGAAGAAACAAGUAGCAUUAAGUUAAAUACAUAUGCAUUGGAAACAACUGAACAGAAAAGAAGUCAAUCUUAUGUUUCACAAAAGAUUGCUGACAACAAAGACUUGGAAAGGCUUGUAACAAUUAUUGCUUUUGAUAUUGAAACUACUGGAUUUGGCAGAGAGAAAGAUCGCGUUAUUGAGAUUGCCUUUCAAGAUCUACGAGGAGGAAAAAACAGUACUUUCCAAACUCUAGUGAAUCCGGGACGUUAUGUGCCAAAUACAAACAUUCAUGGUAUUUCAAGCAAUAUGGUCAACAGAUCUGAUGUUCCCAGUAUGAAGCAGCUGAUUCCUCUGUUACUGAAGUAUAUCCAAAGCCGCCAGAUACCUGGUGGAGUUGUGGUUUUAAUUGCUCACAAUGCUCGCACUUUUGACGUCCCCUUUUUGAAAAGAGAAUUCAGUCGCUGCUCUUGCGAGAUUCCUCCUGACUGGUUGUUCAUCGACACCCUUCCACUGGCUCAUGCAGUGAUGAAAUCUAAAGGAUCCAAAGUUCCAUCAAAAGUAUCUUUACCAGCCCUUGGGGAAUACUACGAUAUUCCAUUGGUUGGUUCGGCGCAUAGAGCCCUAUCAGACGUGCACUUAUUAGCACAGGUUCUUCAGAGAUUGACACAUGACCUGAAAUUGCCAAUCUCCGGCCUACUUCAGAGCUCGUUUAAGUAAGGCCUCAAACUAAUUGCUUUGGUUUUGAGGAAGAGAGAGUUGUGGCCGAAAUCAGUACCUUAUGUCCUCUUUGUUAUAUGAUUUAUUGUAAUAUUUCAAACUCAAUUUUUUUGAAUGAUACUUUGUGGCCAUUUUUAGUUGGUCAGCAACAUGUUAAUUAAGUAUUUGCGCCAUUUAUUACUUCACCAAAUGCUAUGUAAUCUCUGUCUAUAUAGCAAUGGACCCUUAUAGCUUCAUUUUCCAAUGAGAUGGAAUGUAUUUUCAUUCA